AUGGCUGAUAAGCGCGCACUAUACGUUGGCAACCUGGACAAUCAGGUGACGGAGCAGGGGUUAUACAUGGCUUUUGUGCCUUUCGGACCUAUUAAGAGCGUGCAGAUUCCACUGGACACUAGAUCACAAAGGGGCAAAGGCUUCGGUUUCAUAGAUUUUGAAGAUGAGGCGGACGCCAAAGCAGCAAUUGACAAUAUGGAUGAAUCAGAGCUGUUUGGAAAGACGUUGCGCGUCACUAUUGCUAAGCCAGAUCGCCCCAAACUAGGCUCUUACAAACCAGUGUGGGCAGAGAUGGGGGAUGUCACUGGCGUCGAGGGAGAGCCCGUUAAGGAGGGGGACAGUAGUGCUGUACAAGCAUGA